AUGUCUGUGAAUAGUUGUGUGUGUGAAGUGUGGGAGAGCCAUGCUUCGGCACGAAUUGGUCGGCUCGACCGGAGUGAUACCACGGCCUCACAGAAGACCGACGUGAAACAACCACAGCGUUGUGUUUCGCCGUAUCGUAUAGAAUUGAAAAGCGAGAGUGUUGCUCAUUCGGACUCGGAGCACGAGCACGAGCUGAGCGAGCACAAUGAGCUCGAGCAUGGCCACGGCGAGCACAGCGAGCAUGGAGAGCAUUUGGAGGCGCUGGACGCUGGCAGACCGCGCAAGGUGCGCCGCAGCCGUACCACGUUCACCACAUACCAGCUGCAUGAGCUGGAGCGUGCCUUCGACAAGACGCAGUACCCUGAUGUAUUCACGCGAGAGGAGCUCGCUAUGAGGCUGGAUCUAAGUGAAGCUAGAGUACAGGUAUGGUUCCAGAAUCGACGUGCAAAAUGGCGAAAGCGAGAGAAGGCGCUCGGAAGAGAUCACGCGCCGUUCAUGCAUCACGAUCAUGUGGUAGGAGAAUGGGGCGGUGGCGGUCCACCAGGUGGCGAGUGGUGGGCGCUAGGUCUUGGAGCUGGACUGGGCGCUCUUGGCGUACCAGCGCCGCUGUGGCAUGACGCUGAACCUGCUGCCGCCUUCAGAGCGCUGUUGCACAGAUAUGUGUUGGCGCUUCCACCACCAGCUUUGCGUCCACCGGAGCCUGAGCCGGCGCCGUCUUCGCCUCCUUCACCUCCCUCGCCUUCACCCUCCCUUGCUCGUCUGGCCAGUGCUGAAACCCUGCGCCUCCGAGCCCAUGAUGCCCUCCUACAGGACCGUGUGGCACUCCAACACAAUAACAAAGUCCAUACGUAA